AAGAAAAAGAAAGGGGGUCACAAGAUCAAAAUGGGCGCUGCCUAUUCCUCUUGCUCCUCUUAUUCCCUCGCUUUCCCCACUGACAUAUUUUACUCCCCACCAGUCACUACCUUGUCAAAAUCCAAUCCCAGAUCAAAUUCCAACUCAUUUUUGUGCCCAACUCGCAAAAUCUUCCACACCCAUUUGGUAAAACCAUUAAAAAUCAUGUCCCAGACCUCUUUACCUUCUUCAGGGUUGGCUGUGAAGUGUGGGAAAGUUGAGGAGGUGGAGACCCAAGAAGAGGGGAGCGCAAGAAAACCCAUGUUUGAUUAUCAUGGAAUUGAUCAAGAUUUGCUUCAGGAGAUGGUUUACGAUGCUCUUGUUUGGAGCUCUCUCCAUGGGCUUCUUGUUGGUGACAAGUCUGUACAGAGAUCAGGAAAAGUGCCCGGCGUAGGCUUGGUACAUGCCCCAUUUGCCUUAUUGCCCGUGCCAUUCCCAGAAAGUCAUUGGAGGCAAGCGUGUGAGUUGGCCCCUAUAUUUAGUGAACUUGUUGAUCGAGUGAGUUUGGAUGGCAAAUUUCUACAGGAGUCAUUGUCCAGAACUAAGAAAGCAGAUGCUUUUACAUCUAGACUUUUAGAUAUUCAUUCCAAGAUGCUAGAGAUUAACAAGAAAGAGGAAAUACGCUUGGGUUUAUAUCGCUCAGAUUAUAUGCUUGAUGAGCAAACUAAAUCGCUCCUCCAAAUAGAACUGAACACAAUUUCGUCUUCAUUCCCCGGCCUCAGUUGUCUUGUCACUGAGCUCCACAGAACCUUACUUAAUCAUUAUGGUGAAGUCCUUGGAUUAGAUCCUAAAAGGAUUCCUGGCAAUACUGCUCUUAGUCACUUUGUGGAGGCAUUUGCUAAAGCUUGGACCGAGUAUAAUAAUCCCAGGGCUGUAGUUAUGUUUGUGGUUCAGGCUGAAGAGCGUAACAUGUACGACCAACAUUGGAUUUCGGCAGUUCUUAAAGAAAGACAUAGAAUUACAACUAUUCGGAAAACGAUGGCAGAAAUUGACACCGAAGGAGAACUUCUAUCAGAUGGAACACUUCUUGUGGGUGGUAAAGCAAUUGCAGUAAUUUAUUUCAGAGCUGGCUAUAUGCCAAAUGAUUAUCCAUCAGAAUCAGAAUGGAAAGCUAGGCUACUUAUGGAGCAGUCAUCUGCCAUCAAGUGCCCAUCGAUUUCUUAUCAUUUAGCAGGAACCAAAAAGAUUCAACAAGAACUCGCAAAACCUGAUGUACUUGAGAGGUUUCUUGACAAUAAAGAGGAUAUUGCCAAACUACGGAAAUGCUUUGCUGGAUUGUGGAGUUUGGAUGACUCAGAAAUUGUCAAAAAGGCAAUUGAAAUACCUGAGCUGUUUGUUAUGAAACCCCAAAGAGAAGGCGGAGGGAACAAUAUCUACGGUAUUGAUGUGAGAGAAACCCUUCUACGAUUGCAGAAGGAAGGGACCGAUGGAAGUGCAGCUUACAUCCUAAUGCAAAGGGUAUUCCCUAAUGUUUUUGCCACAGUUUUGAUGCGCGAUGGCAUUUGUCAUAAAGAUCAAGCAAUAUCAGAACUUGGUAUAUAUAGUGCUUACUUGAGGAACAAGAACAAGGUGAUUGUGAAUGACCAAUGUGGUUACUUGCUGCGGACAAAAGUAUCUUCAUCAGAUGAAGGUGGUGUUGCUGCCGGCUUUGCGGUUUUGGACAGUAUAUAUUUGACUUGAUGGAGCCAGACUAUAAAUUUUUCACUCAAAUAAACCCAAAGAAUAAGUCAUUGAUUUACUACACACUUCACAUGUAGAACAAGAUUUCAUGGUCUUGAUAUUUGGCAAUACUAAGGUCAAACUGGAUUGUGGUUUGUGGGGGACUUUCUUGCCUUCUAUUUAUUUAACCUUGGGAGCGCAGUUGUAAUGGGUGCGUGGAGCUCCUGGCUUUCCUUAGCCAUACAGGCUUAUUAUAUUAACAAUAAAUUGUGCCUUUUUGUAU